AGGACAAGCUUUUCAGAAAACAGAGAGGAUUUUAUGCAUGAGACUUUGAUGUUCUAGAAGGAAAAGAUCUCAAGCUUGCCUGCUUCUGCCAGCAAGCAAAUGGACAUGAAUGGUUGAAGCAGGAUUGUCUACAUCAGAAGAAACCCCAGAGGAAAAAAAUAAUCAAGCACGAUGGCCUCCAGUCCAUUUUCAAAUUGUGGUUAUGUUGACAGUAAUGUGGAUACUAAUGGAACAGGAAUGAUUCUAACAAGUGGUUUCACUCUUUUGAUCAGCCUCUUUGGAAUUGCGGGCAACGGGAUCGUCAUCUGGUUUCUUGGCUUUUGCAUCAAGAGGAAUCGUUUCACCACCUACAUCCUGAAUCUCUCCGUUGCUGAUGUUGGUGUGGCCGUGUCUCUGAUUGCUAUUAAUGUAUAUUGGUUUAUAGGUAAAUUUUCUUCUACAAACUAUGAAGAUCCACUAAAGACAGUAUUCCGUAGUGGUUUCCUCUUCACCUACAGCGCAAGUCAAUUUUUCCUAACAGUCAUCAGCAUUGACCGGUGUGUGUCUAUCUUCUUUCCACUUUCGUAUCAUUACCACCAGCCAAAACACUUGCCUGUCAUUUUGUGUGUCAUAAUAUGGACCCUCCCCUUGCCAUUUUUAGCAGCGCAUCUCACCCUCUAUCUGAACAACAAGAACUGUAUUAUCUGGUACCUCCAAUUUCUCCUGAAUCUCGUGUUUUUCAUCCCAGGCAUGAUUAUCUCCACAAGUGCCAUAUUAAUCAAAGUCUGCUUAAUAUCACCACAGUACAAGCGGCGAAAGCUUUUGUAUGCCAUCUUGCUCGCUCUCUCCUUUUUCCUCCUUUUUGCUUUUCCAAUGAAUGUCAUUCAGUGUUUGUACCUGAGUAACGUAUAUUUUGGCAGCCUUUAUUACUUUGAAUUUGGGUAUAUUUGUGCCUCCUUGAACAGUGCUAUUAACCCAUUCUUCUACUUCCUGGUAGGGAGAGAGAAGAAGGGUCAGCAAAGGAGGAGAAUGCAGAAAAUAUUGGAGCAGAUGUUUAGGGAUGAAGAAGACAGCAAAGAAUCUGAAAUCCCAGCUUCUAUUCCGAAAACUAUACCUCCUUAAAAGAGUAAAGUUUCCAGUCCUUAGGAUACAGGCUUCUUGAUACUUUAGGAAAAUUAGGAAAACCUAUAUAUAUAAGAAAUUAUAUAACUUUAGCAGAAUGCAGAAAUGGGGACUAAUUUCCUUAGACUAGAUGUCCAUCUGGAAGUUGAGUCAUGUCAACUGGAUUUCUUUCUUACUAGGU